GCUCGUCGCUUUCACUUCAGUAGCCAGUGGGUGGAGAGGAGGGGUAGAUCCAUGUGCAGGACUAGCCAGUGUUCACAGAGUUUGCACUGAGCGGCAGCAACAACAGUUUCCCUUCAACACAAACUUCCCUCCGCAGAAAGUUUAAUGGCUAAAUAUAAGCCGUGGCUGGUGUGCUGCUUCAUCUUGGCUGGAUUAAUUUGCGCGGUUGCUCUCGUCUGCCUGUGCAUCGUCUCACUGGUGGCCAGAGAGUGUCCCGGCGGCAGCUUCAUGCACGCGGCUGUGUCUGCAGACUCGCGACGUUGCUCCGAGAUUGGCAAGAGCAUGCUACUGCAGGGGGGGUCAGCAGUAGAUGGCGCCAUUGCAGCUCUCCUGUGCACAUCCGUGGUCAAUCCUCAGAGCAUGGGGAUUGGAGGAGGAUCUAUAUUCACCAUAAGAAAUAAAAAAGGCAAUGUUAAAGUCUACAACUUCAGAGAGACCGUCCCACAGUCUUUUAAAACUGACCUGCUAAAUGAUUGCCUCAACACAUUCGGACUGACCACAGGCAGCCAGUGGAUUGGCGUUCCUGGAGAGCUGCGGGGCUAUGAGGCAGUUCACAAACAGUAUGGGAAGCUGCCAUGGGCAAAGCUGUUUGAGCCAACAAUUAAAAUGGCCAGUGAGGGCAUCCCUCUGCCGGCAUUUCUGGGAAAGGUUCUGAACAUCCCCAUUGUGAAAAAUCACGUGGAAAAGUCAUCCAUCUGUGAAAUCUUGUGCAACAAAAACAAAACUGUUCUGAGGACUGGAGACAUCCUAAAAUAUCCUAAACUUGCAGAAACUAUGAAAACAAUUGCAGAGCAAGGGGCAGAUGCCUUAUACACUGGCAAGAUAGGACAUGACUUAAUCCAAGACAUAGAAGCUGCAGGUGGGACUUUGAAAAUGGAGGAUCUGAAGUCCUUUCAGGUGCGGGUGGAGGAUGCAUGGACCAUUCCCGUGGGAACUACUCAGAUGCACAUCCCUCCACCACCUGCCGGGGGGGCCCUGCUCGUCUUCAUUCUCAGGCUGAUGCAAGGGUUCCCGAUGACUCCAAAUUCCUUGCAUGGUGACCAGAAGAUUCAGCUGUACCAUCAUUAUAUAGAGGCAGCCAAAUUUGCAAACGGACAAAGGAGGAGCAUUAGUGAUCCUGUCUUUAAUAACAAAAAGAGUGCAGAUCAUUUGAUUGAUCCCUCCUUCAUUAAUCGCAUCAGGGACAUGAUCUUUUCAAACCAAACCCAUGACAACUCGUAUUACUACAAUGCCAAGCCCUCACGUGAUCACGUUGGGACGACACAUGUGUCUGUCCUCGAUGAAGAUGGACUGGCUGUCGCUGCCACAAGCACCAUCAACCAAUUAUUUGGAGGAAGCAUUUACUCCCCACAAACAGGCAUCAUCCUCAACAAUGAGCUGUCCGACUUUUGUGGGAGAGCAGACAAAGUGAAGGCAGGUGAACAGCCGCCUUCCUCAAUGACUCCAGUAAUACUGGAGUCAAAGUCUGGAGGACUCCUUGUGAUUGGUGGAUCGGGAGGAAGCAUGAUUACCUCGGCAGUGGCUUUGUCUAUAAUUAAUCGCUUGUGGCUUGGGAUGAAUCUGAAAGAUGCCAUUGCGGAGCCCAUAAUCUUUGUUAAUUCCAAUAACAAUGUGAAUUUUGAGACUGGUUUUAACAAGUCUGUGAUAGAUGGCCUCACAGCUCUUGGACACAAACCUGGGAACUGGCCAUACUUCAUGAAUGUUGUCAAUGCUGUGGAAAAGGAGAAUGGAUGCAUUGUGGCCGUAUCGGACAGCAGGAAGAUGGGGGUGUCAGCUGGAUACUAACCACAUAGACCAUGAGGGUGCACCAACUUCCCACUUAAAUCUUCCCUAAAGACUGACUGAACCUUAGCCUUAAGUACAAGGAAUGUGCCAACAACUAAGUGUGAGCAAUUUGGUGCUCAGGCUCUUUCCUGAUGUUAGCAGAUCAAGACACUACAAAACUUACAGAAUUAUUCCACUUUACUAUAACUCUUUCUAUAAAUCCUAUUUUUGUAUGUAUAGAUCUGUUAGACAACAUUGUACUCCUUAUAAACAUUGCGGAGUUCUUUAAAAAAAGAACUAAAUUGGCAAAAUGACUCAGAUGAGGCAAGAAACAUAGCAAUCAGAUUAUUUAAACCAAACAAACGCACACAUACACACACGCACACACACAGAUGUCAUACAACUUGUUGUAGACUAACGCACGGUGAGCACACCAUGAUGCUGCUACUCUUACAGUACUGCUGAGAUCUGCCUGAUAAGCUGAACAAAGUGGAUAUUCCCAGCAGCAAAGCCAUAAAGGCAAAUCUACUGUAGUCCAACAAAACAAAACCAAGCCCUGUGUCAUCAGCUAUUAAGUUUAUUAAUAUCAAUAAAUGUUUUAUUUUUUUAACUUUGUAAUUCUGGGUAGAACUUUUAAUCGUAGAUGAGCCAUGUAACUCUUUUAAAGUGACAUCCUGACUGAUAUAUGAGUUGAAGUUGAGUCUUCCCAAACAGGGAACUUUUACUGUGACUUUAAAGAUUUUACUGUAUGUGAAACAACCAUGUCCCUGAACAUAUUGGGAGUUUUUUUCUUUUUCUUUUUUAAGAUAAAUGCUGUAGAAUUUCUUUUUAUAACAUAUUUUAUAAAAAAAAAAACUCAAUUCAAAAUGAACAACUUAAGUGUAUUUUCACACCACCAGCAUAUCAUUUAGUGUUUUCUCUGUAAUAUGUCAAAAAGUUUUGUGAAAUAUUUACAUAUUGUUACAACUAUUAACUGUGAAUUUCUGUCUUGUCACAAUAAAACAUCCAAAGUCCAAACCA